AUGGAUAACACCGACCUCGACCCUCUGGGCCUCAACCCCAACGAUGCCGCUCCUCGGACCACCGAGGCCACUCGACGUGCGCGGCUGGCAGCCAGACAGGCUGCUCGACUGGCAGCAGGUGAGUCGACCCCUGAACAAGAUGCAGAUGCGGCGCUCCUCGGCCCUCCCCGCCGUCCAUCUGAAGAGCGCGAGAGUUUCAUCAUCUACGAGAACCCUCCCGAGACCCAAGGUGACCCAGACUACAUCCCGUUGGGCCAUACUUAUGUCUCAAUGCCCUUUGAGGACCAGGAGAACGUCUUCGGAGAAUCCAGGUUGACCCGCAUCAUCAGUAGCAACGACGCUGACAAUUACUCGGAGGCAUCCACGGAAAUCGACUUUGACCGAGAGGAGCAGCAGGGGGACCCAAAAACUGCUGCCCUGAUUAUCCCUCCGAUCCCCGUGGGUGAUACAGCUCGUCCACCAACCAACACAAACAAAGGCCGCGGCCUGAACAGUCUCCCUGACGAUGACAUCUUUGGCCUGCCACCUCUACAUGUAGGCCUCUCUCGCUCAAGAGAGCGUCGUCGUCGAGAACGCAGGGCUCGAAUGGUCCGGCAGCCUCCAAGUUCUUCGUUGGACACUCUGCCCCAGCAAGGUGAAGAAGAGGGAUCAAGCAGCGACUACGAGGGGUACUAUUCCCCGUUCCCGUACGAUCUUGACGUGGACCAAAUUCAGGAUCGACACAGUUCUGUUCGCUGA